CGCUUACCCUUAUUUUCUCCGUGGGACUUGUUUUAGUAUGACCCGUUUUAUUAUGUCUACUCGUUGAAUGUUAGUAUUCUAGACUAGUUUCAGACAUACAUCAUGAUUUUAAAAAUCUGAUUUAUAGAAAAGUAUGACAUUACAAUGGAGUGGAGAACAAGUGGUCGCAAAAUUGCAAGAUGUCCAGGCCAGUGCCAUGGCGGUAGACUGUCUGGGAGUAUGGGCAGCAUUGGCAGGGAGGAGGGCAGUCACCAUGGUGAAUCUGAAGAAACCAAAGGAAAAACCAAUCAAAAGUCCUAGACAGAGUAAAUGGGAUGUCAGCUGUGUACAGUGGAACCCCCACCCCUCACAUGCACAUCUAUUUGUCACUGCAUACAAUCAAAGAUUAGAUCUGUGUUCCUGGAAAGAUGCCAAUAUAUCUCAUAUCUGCUCCAUGAAGGGGCACUCCCGAACUCUCAGUGAUGUUGGAUGGUGCCCAUUUGAUGUUAAUGUGAUAGCCUCUUGUUCUGUCGAUACGUACAUCAAUCUCUGGGACGUCAGAGAUCCAAAGAAACCAACAACAUCCUUCCAGACAGUGUCUGGAGCUUAUCAAGUGAAGUGGAACAGAGUGACCAAUAAUAUAUUUGCCACAACUCACGAAGGGGAGCUGAGGAUCUGGGACACAAGGAAAGGAACAUCGCCAUUGCAAUAUAUUGCAGCUCACUUGUCAAAAAUUCAUGGAUUGGAUUGGAAUCCAAAUUGUGAGUCGGAGUUGGCUACAUGCAGCCAGGACUGUUCCGUAAAGUUUUGGGACAUUAAAAAUUCUAGACAGUGCAAGGGAUCACUAAGCCCUGGCUCCCCUGUAUGGCGAGCACGGUAUACACCAUUUGGGCAAGGUAUUGUGACAGUGGUGGUACCACAGCAGUUACGCAGGGGAGACAAUUCUCUACAUCUCUGGAAUACCUCUCGGAACAAUCCGGUCCAUCAAUUUGUUGGACAUCAUGAUGUCAUUCUGGAGUUCCAGUGGAGGAAGCAACAGGAGGGGUUUAGAGAUCAUCAGCUUGUAACAUGGUCAAAGGAUCAGAGUUUAAGAAUAUGGAAGAUUGAUGCACAGCUUCAGAAACGGUGUGGCCAUGAUAUGGGGGACAUAAAUGACUCUUCAGAGAAUGAGUCAGGACAGACAGGGAGAGACAGUGUCUCCCAUGACACUGGUCAAGACAAACCUGCCAAGGAAAAUGACAUUGGAAACGGGGAUCUGCAACGACAGAUGUCCAUGAGUCCGGAGGCAGCAUUGUUCCAGCAGCCCCAAACACUCCAACAGGAGUUUGAUCUGAUGAACACCAAUAUUCCCAAUAUACAAGUAGAGGAGAUGGAUGCUGGCAGUAGGACCUGUCGAGUCCUGGCCGUCUCCAGAAAUUUCAAUGUCGGUCUGCGGAUGUUGUUUCCAGAGAACUACCCCUACAGUGACCUGCCAACAUUUGAAUUUCUGGAUCCCAAUCUCAACUCAGAUAUUAAACAUAAAUUACAUAAGGUGCUGCUUGAUACAGCCUUGAUGCAUGCUCGAAGAAACACCAGUUGUCUUGAGCCGUGUUUGAGGCAGUUAUCUCUGGCUCUGAAUCAACCUUGGAAUUUUCGUCCAGAGGAGCGAAGGACCCCAGAAGUGGAGGCAACACGCCCCUUCACCCUUGUAGGACCCCCUAACAAACCACAGUACAUGUCUUGGCACAGCGCGUCUGCUCUACAAGACAUAAACAUUCCGUUUCCUCGAACCAGUGGAGCAAAAUUCUGUUCAGCAGGGUACUUAGUUGUAUUUGGACGGUCUCAUGAAGCUAGGAAGGGACCGUCUGGGACUGAAAUAACACCAAAGUCCCUUUGUGAACUGUCAGACUUUGCAUCCAAAGCCCGAUUUCGCUCUUCUCAAAAAUUCUACAACUUCCAGAGCUAUUCUAUAAGUCCCCCAACACCUGUGGCAGAAAACAUAUCUAUAAAGGAGUGGUACUAUAGACAUCCGGUCACGAACCAGCCAAAAGGGAAAAGGAAACCUCGACCCAAAGAGAUGACAGAGAUCAAACCUGUACUAGCACCGGUCAAAAUUUACGACAGUUCUUGUAUGCUGCCUAUUGACAAAGAACUAGGAAAAAAUUAUAUAAUUGACCGAUCUGACAUCCCGGCCAUGUGUAGUCACAAUGCCUUAGCUGCUAGUGCGGUUGGUCGCAGAGAUUUGGUGCAGCUGUGGUCAAUGGUUUCUAUAACUGCAAGCCAGAGGUUAAAACCCAAUAAUGACCCAGAUGAUGGAUCGCCAUGGGCACAACAUCCAUUCGGGAAGGACUUGAUUAAAUAUCUGUUUGAAUUCUACAUGCAAAUCCAUGAUGUCCAGACACUUGCCAUGCUUGUGUGUGUGUUCUGGAAUAGAGAGGAUGCCAUCACACUCCCCCCAAAGAAGGAGACUGCCCUUCCACAGUCAGCGUCAAUGGAAUACGUCCCCCCUAACUAUAGCCCUUAUCAUACAGUUACAGCGGGUUCUAAUCUAUUGAAGAGCUUCAAGACACUUACUGGUCACUUACAAGGUCAGUCGUCACGACCCCCUCCCAAUGCUACCGUUCAAUCCCGAUCCUCGCAACAUCACUUGUCUGAAGUGUCAUCACACCCUGAUAUAGCAGCCAUGACAGUAGGUGUGCUAAAGAUUCGUCGAUCCAAUAGUUUGUCUUGCCUCGAGGACUCGUUUGAGGAUUACAAAAUCGAGGACGAGGAAGGGAUUAAGGAAAAGGAGACUGAACGACUGGCAAAGCUUCAUGAAAGCAACUGCAGACUGCUCGAUCCCAAGGCUCAAAAUCAGUACGAUGUUUUUCUAAAGUCGUAUGCAGACAUUUUAUAUCAUUGGGGAUUUACAAACAAUUCUCAACUUGUUUUGAAAUUCAUGACGCUUUUGCCAGAACCCCAUACUGGCAUAGAAUUUGGAGUUCGCUGUUACCACUGCUCACAGGAAGGGCGGGGAGCCAAAUGUGGGUCAUGUAAAAACUUGGCUUUCAACUGCUCCAUCUGUCACAUUGGUGUCAAAGGAAACUCGAUAUUCUGCUUGAGAUGCGGACAUGGCGGUCAUACUACACAUAUUCUUGAUUGGUUCAAGGAGAAUGACGAAUGCCCCACGGGUUGUAGCUGUAAAUGUGUCGAGGCCAAGUCAGAAAUUACAAUGUAAUGGAAGGUCACUGAGUGAGAGGAAAAUGUCAGACCGAGUGAAAAUGGACGUUUAGAGUGCACAUUUAUAAGGAAAAUUGCCUAUGUUUAAGAGGAUGUAUGCUGUUCCAGGAAGAGAAUUAAGCAUACCUGGUACUUGGUUAGCAUGGUGAAAAACAUUGUUUUUAAUGGAAAGGAUGCUUGUGAAAAAAUGGGAAUAAAAUUAAUACAAACA